AUGGACAUCCAGUCUCUUCUCAACCCCUCAGUCAGCGACAACACUCAGAGCCGCAACACAGUCUCCACAUCUCCAAAGCCGCUUGCUCCUCGCUACCUAGCUCACAGUACUUCCACCAAGAGGCAGAAGCUAGCUAAGGAUGCUCCAGUCUUCUCUGAAGGUACGAAGAUCGUCGGACAUGUCAACUACCCGCCCCAUGAAGCAGCCAGCGACCGUUUCUUAGAGGCUCGACACUGCGAGUAUAGCAUCUUUCCACUUGGUCAAAUCUUCAAGAAGGGAGUGCGUCAUAUUCCUUACGCCAGCGACAAGAAGGACUUCCUCGAGAAGACGGGUCGCGGUGCUUUUGAAGUGUUCCAGUACACAUACAAGAGACCUGGCGAAGACAAAGAAUAUGUUGUCGUCUGGGACUAUAACAUCGGUCUCGUUCGAAUGACACCGUUCUUCAAGUCAUGCAAGUACUCAAAGACCGUACCAGCGAAGGCACUAAAUCAGAAUCCGGGUAUGAAGGACAUCAGCUACAGUAUCACCGGGGGAGCUCUGGUGUGUCAAGGUUAUUGGGUUCCAUGGCAAGCUGCGAGGAAAAUUGCAGCAACAUUUUGCUGGGAUAUUCGCUGGGCGCUCACACCAGUUUUUGGCAACGACUUCCCUCAGAUGUGCAGACAUCCUCAAGACCACGCAUUCGCCAAAUUCGGCAUCGACUCAGGCACCAUAAAGUUCUGCAAAGUAGAGACUGAUCGUUUCAAAGAGGAGGGUGACUCAUACCAACUGCUGCGACCAAAAGCACAGGCACCGGUCACGACAUCAGUGAUGCCAGCCCUCACCUCACCAGAAUGGAAGCAAUGCAUUCCUGCGACGCCAUCAGAGAGUGGGUACGGCACCGAUCUCGAACACGACAAGAUUGGUUUCUCAAUCCAGGUAUCUCCUCGCACUCAGUAUAGAGCGGUUGGGUUCACUCCAGUAAAUGAAGCCUGCUCGCCUACGAUGAUCAGCACAGCAUAUCCCUCGACGCUCUGCUCACCAGUCACUGCACCUGCUCCGACACCAUUGCCUGUACCGACUCCGAUCCUCGAUACACCAUACCCUGAGAGCUUCCGCACGAAGCGAACGCAUUCCAAGAUCAUGUGUAAUAGCUGUGAUAGUGCUGUUGUCGGGACCGAUUCUCUGCUGUACGAGCGACAAGACGCUCUUCAGAGCGCCGACCGACUUGUUGACCACUCCCCUCGAACACACGAAGCAGCUGAGAUCCUGUUGUCGAUGGGUGUCGUGGCACGCAAUAAGGCGGUGUUGUCAGAAGCCAAGCGCACUCGCCGUGGCUCGAGGUACUAG